AUGCCUCCCGGUGAUGCCCAUGUACAUGGCAAAACGGACCUCUCUGUUGUCGCAGUCUAUCUCAGCAAUACCGAGGUCGCAGCAGCUGCAACUGGGGGCGUAGGGGACUUGGUCAGCGAGAAGAUCCGAGAUCUUCGAAACUGCAGUGGUGUGGGAAGCAGACCGCCUUUUCGCGAGGAUUACGCAGACGGAAAUGUCCCGACUUAUCGUAAUCCUCGAGCACAAAAAUGGACAAAGAGGCGUGAAUCACUUGGCAGCUACCUGAUGAAAGUUGAGCGCUAUUGCGCGGAAGUCAUUCUUGCAGAAAAAGUACAGCAGCAACAAGGCAGGGAUAUACAAAAGGCUAAAGUUUAG